CCAACCUCAAAAGCUCCAAGUUAAGACUAUCAAGCAGCAGAGGCAAAUCAUGUAUGUCUCCCUGCGGGUCCCCUAGUACUACUGUGUGGUUUAAGAUCCCAAUCCACAGUACGACUGAGAGUACUCCGUGGAUAGUGGAUGGAGUACUUCAGACCAGCAGAGGCUUGUCUCACUUAGGUUACAUCGACUAAAGGGCAUCAAUAUUCCCGGUGCACUCGUACUGAUACUCUGUCAUAGUAUAAAGACAGCAUCUCCCCAUCCAAACCUCUCGAUUCUCAUCCUCAUCAUAACAUCAUCUUUUCUUUCUACAUCCUUGAAACUCCAGAUUCCAAUCCUCACCCACACCACUACAUCCAUCAUGAAGCUCUCUACCGUCGCCUCUGUUAGCUCUCUCCUCGUUGGAGCCCACAGCCUGCCCACUGCCCCGGCCAGUGACAAUGGUCCCUUCCAGGUCAUGGCCCUCCGGUCCGCCUCUCCCAUCCACUUCCUCGGCAUGACCGCUUCUCAGAACAGCUUUUGGUUGGGCGGCGAGACCACAACCUACUGCCCCGACGUCGUUAAGCAGCAGGGUGCCUGCCCCGACGGCACUCAGACUGUUCUGUAUACCAACGCUUUGGAUGUCUCGGUCCCCGGUGGCCAGCAAAUCUACGUUGACCCCUCUGGUGCGGUCAAGUUCACCAUCGCUCACUCUGCCAACAUGCCCCCUGGCUCCACCGUCGAGGGAUUCUCCUACGCUUCCGGUGACCCCUUCGGCCACUGGAACUUCAACGGCCAGGGCGCCACCGGCUUCAUGGCUUGCCCUACUCAGGGCGAUGCUCCUGCUCCCUACCAGGUCUUUGCCGCCAUCAGCUCCGCGACCGUUCCCACUGGCAAUGUCGCUGACUGCCUCGGAUUCGAUGCGGCCGCUAUUGCCUGGACUCCUUCUGAGGGUCAGACUGCUGCCGCUUGGCAAUAUAUCUAAGACUAAGACGGCAUCUGUAUGCUUUGUUGAUAAUAUAAUGGUAUGAGUUAUUGUCGCACAGACGGGUCCGACUGUAGAGAAGGGAGGGUGUUUUGUAUAUACUUGCAUCAUGGAUAUAUAUCUUGCUUCAUAGCCUUCAUUGCGCGAUUCGAAUAAUACAACAAUACGAAUCUCUCG